AGUAAAAGCGGAGGAAAGAGCGCAGCGCAGCCAGAGACUUCCACAGCAGCACCAUGUCUCUGUACCGCAACUCCGCCUGGUUCCUGAAGGGACUGACCGAGUUCACCAGGACUGCCUUUCUCUCAGCCUCCAAGCGGUUUGUGGAGAAGGACCUGGAGGUAUCUGUGGCUGGACGCUCCUUCAUGAUAACAGGGGCCAACAGUGGCAUUGGGAAAGCCACCGCCAUGGCCAUUGCUAAGAGAGGUGGAACGAUCCACAUGGUGUGCAGGAACAAGGACAAGGCUGAGGAAGCGAGGGCUGAUAUUGUCAAGGAGUCGGGAAAUAAAGAGAUCUAUGUCCACAUCCUGGACCUCUCUGAGACCAAGAAGGUCUGGGAGUUUGCAGAGGCCUUCAAGAGGAAAUAUAAGGCACUCAAUGUACUGAUCAAUAACGCAGGCUCCAUCAUGAGUCAGAGGGAUGUGAAUGCUGAGGGGCUCGAGAAGGGUUUUGCCACCAAUGUUCUUGGGGUUUACAUUCUCACCAAGAGUCUCAUCCCCCUGCUGGAGAAGAGUGCAGAUCCCAGAGUGAUCACAGUGUCAUCAGGGGGGAUGUUGGUGCAGAAGCUGAGGACAGGAAACCUUCAGUCAGACAGAGGCGGCAGAUAUGAUGGUACCAUGGUGUAUGCCCAGCACAAGAGGCAGCAGGUGGUAAUGACAGAGCAGCUGGCCAAGACGCACACUAACAUCCACUUCUCUGUCAUGCAUCCUGGCUGGGUUGACACUCCAGCUGUGGCCAACGCCAUGCCAGACUUCCAUCGCUCUAUGAAGGAGAGUCUGCGGACCCCGGAGCAGGGGGCUGACACUGUGGUGUGGCUGGCUAUCUCUGAGGCCGCAACCACAAACCCCAGUGGACACUUCUAUCAGGACCGGAAGAUGGUGUCCACCCACCUGCCACUCGCCUGGACCCACAGCUCUGCCCUGGAGGAGCAGAAGUUAAUGUCUCUGCUGGAGGACUUGGCCAAGACGUUUCAGCCACACUGAAACAGCAGGACCUGGGCAGCAGUGCAUCGCCAACACUAACACCACCGACUUCAUAAUGACAGAGGCUGAGCUCCAGAAUGGUUCAGAAAGUUGUUGAAAUGUGGAAAAAGUGACGAGUGGAAACCCAGUCUAUCAGCGUCACGCUAACCUUGUCUGUUAGUGACUGAUUAUCAAAAUUUGUAAUGUUUUGUAACUAUAUGAUAACAGACUGUACUUCAUAAGCAUUACCACAUAUAUGGAUUGAAGUGUUAUUCAGUGUUUGAGGGUGAUGCUGUUUCUGAAGGAUGUCGCUGAUGGACAGAGCACCUUCAUGAACUGCAGUCUCUUACUGUGACUUUAAUAAAGUUGUCAAUCAGAUGGGAAUCUGAUAUGACCAAAGUCACUCGCAUCCUACCAGUUAUGAGUUCAAUCUCACUUUUGCGUCUUGAUAACCACAAGUUGUGAGAUGUUUCUAACUGCUGUGAUGGUAACUCUUCAGUGUAUUUGCUGUGUUGUAGUGCAUCUAGAGGUUGAACUCAGGCUGGAGAUGAAGUGUUCUCUCUAUGAGCCGUGUGCCUUAAACACAGCACAGAGCAGCAUCACUUGACAUGUGCAAUAAAAUCUGAGGAUUUAUGACUUAGUAAUGUCUGCCCAGCACCUUUAAGGCUUUUUACUGAUGGUGACUUUGGCUUGUCAUGUAAAUGCAUGCUUUAAUAAAACCAAAAUGCAUAUUGUGCUUAAGUACGCUAUUGAUUUUAUUUUCUAUUUAAUUCUUGAUUAAAAAAUAAAUCAAUAAAUACUCAAAACAUGUCCGAAUAUCUUUAUUAAGCAUUGGUUCUUAUCUCUCUGUGAUCUUUUUAGGGACACAGGGAGAGUAGUCAGUACUGUAUCAUCAACAAAAGUAUUUAAAAAUACAAUUGAGAUAUACAUGGACAUUAUGUUGGAACACCAACCGGUCUUUUACAAGCAGAAGAGAAAAAGUCAAUUUACAGAGUUUGUUUGUAUGGGAUGCACUGUUGUGAAAAAUGAAUUAUCUGAAAAUUCAUGACAUGAGCUCUCAUCCAACAUGAAAAUCGUCCGUUCUGAUGAGCUACAAAAAAAAAAGAAGACUCCUAUACCUGUUACACAAUCUGUUGCAUACAAAGGAAAUAAACCAUUUACAACCCAACAAACCCUCCUUCCUUCCUGCCACAGUCUGGCAAUCUGAUGAUCUGUUUCAUUAGCAAACAGCAAAUCCUGCCAUCAAUCAUACCUUAAGCAUCUUGUCCAUCUGUUGAGGAAUUAAGCCUCCAGAGUCUGUGUUUGGGCAGAAGGCCUUUUAUCACCAUGUACAAUCUGGUUCAAUGACUUGAUGAGAAGUAAUGACUGUUAGUAUCCUGUUAACUGAAGUAGGAGAGGAGAGCUGACUCCUGAUUGUACGGUAGCAUUGUAAAUAACCCUGUAAAUCCCUGUGACAUAAGGUUUUAUAACACUUAGGGUUAGACUGAAUGUCAGUAUUGACUGAAGACAAAAAAAA